AUGGCCUACCAACAUCGAGCCCCCGAUCAAAGCAGCUCCCGCGCCGACGAGAACACCUCGAACCGCGGUCUCUACAAUCCCUACCAAGACCUGCACUUCCCCUCCCAAACUCUGUACAAUCUGCCGACAUCACCGGAGUUCCUCUUCCAGGAGGAGUCCGUCGCACAGCGCCGCUCCUGGGGCGAAAACCUCACCUACUACACGGGGAUCGGCUACCUCGCUGGUGCGACCGCGGGCGCCGCCAAGGGUUUCGCCACUGGCGUCCGGUCAAUCGAGCCGACCGACACCCUGAAGCUGAAGAUCAACCGGAUCCUCAACGGGUCGGGCCUCGCGGGGAGGCAGAUCGGGAACAGGUGCGGCGUGAUUGGAUUGAUGUACGCUGGCCUCGAGAGCGGCAUGAUUUCCGUCCGGGGCACGGACGACGUGGCCAACAGCUUGGCGGCGGGUCUUGCCACUGGCGCCCUCUACAAGGCGGCGGCCGGGCCCAGGUCGGCGGCCGUGGCGGGGGCCAUUGGGGGCGUGGUUGUGGGGAUUGCGGUGGCUGGGAAGCAAGCUCUGAAACGUUAUGUGCCGAUUUAA